GAAACAUAUCAUUUGCCGUGAAGCGAUCAGACGGAGGGAGAGAUCAGCCCAGACCAUCACCGCGCAAACACACCACGCUUGUGAUUUUUUUUGCAUGUCAGGAGCGGAGGAUCCUGCCGCCGGUCAACGGCCGUUUUCCAUCUUGUAUUCAUAACGCAUAAAUCAGCGGCAUGAGGAAUUGUAUCAGGAUUAGGAAUUGGCUCCCAAUCGCGUGCCUGCUGUUAACGAUAUGGACGAAGGUGUCCCAGUCCUCUGGCUAUUUUGAGCUGCAGCUGAUUGCUGUAAAAAAUGUAAACGGUGAGUUGUGGCACGGGGAAUGUUGCGACGGCACGCGGAACUCUAAAGACAGGCGCUGCGUACGGGACGAGUGCGAUACAUACUUUAAAGUGUGUCUGAAGGAGUACCAGUCUGAAGUCACCACCACUGGGCCGUGCACGUUUGGCUCUGGAUCUACUGACGUUCUCGGUGGAAAUAUAAUUUCUUUUAAGACUGCAAAGAACAAACCCAGCAAAACGAGCGAUGUUGGAAAGAUCAUCAUUCCCUUUCUCUUCGCCUGGCCGCGAUCCUACACACUCAUCCUGGAAGCCUGGGACUGGGAUAACUCCACUCAGGACGACGGUGAGGAGAAUUUGAUUGAGCGACACAUUCACGCCAGCAUGAUGAAUCCUGGUGACCACUGGCAGUCCAUCCAACACCCCGGCAUCAUGGCCCACAUUGAGUACCGCAUCCGGGUCAGGUGUGACGAGAACUACUACGGGAGUAAGUGCAACAAACAGUGUCGGCCAAGAGACGAUUACUUCGGACAUUACCGCUGCGAUCCAUCAGGAAAUAUUGUAUGUCUAGAAGGCUGGAUGGGAGAGGACUGCCGGACAGCAAUCUGCAAGCAGGGCUGUAAUCUGAUUCACGGAGGCUGUAAGGUGCCUGGAGAAUGCAAUUGCAGCUACGGCUGGCAGGGCCAGUUCUGUGACGAGUGUCUGCCGUUCCCCGGCUGCUUGCAUGGGACAUGUGUCAUCCCCUGGCAGUGCACUUGUGAGAAGAACUGGGGCGGCCUCCUCUGCGAUAAAGAUCUGAACUACUGCGGCAGGCACCAUCCCUGCGUCAACGGUGGGACCUGCAUGAACUCUGAACCGGAUAAAUAUAACUGUGCCUGUCCUGAAGGGUACUCUGGCAAGAACUGUGAGAUAGCUGAACAUGCGUGUGUUUCCAACCCCUGUGCGAACGGAGGAACGUGUCACGAAGUCCCGACUGGAUUUGAGUGCCAGUGUCCACCAGGCUGGGAGGGACCCACUUGUGCUAAAGACAUGGAUGAAUGUGCCUCCAGCCCGUGUGCGCAAGGCGGAACAUGUAUUGACCUGGAAAAUGGCUUUGAGUGUGUCUGCCCUCCUCAGUGGGCUGGGAUGACGUGUCAAAUCGAUGCAAAUGAGUGUAUGGGGAAGCCUUGUGUAAAUGCUCACUCUUGCAAAAACAUGAUUGGUGGAUAUCACUGUGACUGCUUUCAAGGAUGGGCCGGACAGAACUGUGACAUCAAUCUCAAUGGCUGCCAUGGACAGUGCCAGAAUGGUGCAACAUGCAAGGAGCUGGUUCAUGGAGGUUACCACUGUCAGUGUCCUCCAGGUUUUGUGGGCUUGCACUGUGAAGUCUCAAGGAACAAAUGUGCCAGCGGUCCUUGUCAAAACGGCGGCCACUGCCAUGUCAUUCUGGACAGCUUUGUUUGUGAAUGUCCGCUAAACUAUGCAGGGAUGCUCUGUGAGGUGGAGAGUCUGUCUCACCCAAACCCCUGUGAACCGAACCCCUGUCAGAAUAAGGCUUUGUGCUACAGCCUGCCUGGUGACUUCUACUGCGCCUGUCCUGAAGACUACGAGGGCAAGACCUGUGAAAACCGCAAGGACCACUGCAAGACAACCCCUUGCCAAGUGAUUGACAGCUGUACAAUUACUGUGGCGAGUAACAGCUCAGAUGGGGGUGUGAGACACAUCAACUCUAAUGUGUGUGGUUCUCGUGGCCACUGUAUCAGCCAGCCGGGCGGCAACUUCACCUGCACCUGUGAGCUCGGCUUUACAGGAACAUACUGCCACGAGAAUGUAAACGACUGUGUGAGCAAUCCGUGUCAAAACGGAGGUACCUGCAUCGACGGGAUCAGCUCUUUCCAAUGCUUCUGUCCGGAUGGCUGGGAGGGUGACCUUUGCAACCUCAAUGUGAACGAGUGCAGUCUGAGCCCCUGUAAGAAUGCCGGCCACUGUGUGGACCUGGUCAAUGACUUCUACUGUGAAUGUGCCAAUGGCUGGAAAGGAAAGACCUGUCAUUCACGUGAAAAUCAGUGUGAUGCCACCACAUGCAGUAAUGGAGGGACCUGCUAUGACCACGGAGACACUUUCCGCUGCGCCUGCGCUCCUGGAUGGGGAGGAAGUACAUGCAACACAGCAAAGAACAGCACUUGCGCCUCCAGCCCCUGCCUGAAUGGAGGAACAUGCGUGGGUGGUGGUGACACGUUCACCUGCAUCUGUAAAGAUGGCUGGGAGGGGCCCACCUGCGCUCAGAACAUCAACGACUGCAACCCUCACCCCUGCUACAAUGGAGGAAUCUGUGUGGACGGGGUGAACUGGUUCCGUUGUGAAUGCGCCCCUGGAUUCGCUGGACCCGACUGUCGUAUCAACAUUGAUGAGUGCCAGUCGUCACCCUGCGCCUAUGGUGCCACCUGUGUGGAUGAGAUCAAUGGCUUCCGAUGUGUCUGCCCACUCGGUCGCACUGGACCUCAAUGCCAAGAGUUCAUUGGCAUUGGGAAGACGUGUCACUAUGCUGGACUUCAGUUUCCGCAUGGCAGCCGCUGGGAGGAAGAAUGCAACACUUGUCAAUGUGUCAACGGCAAAGUGGAGUGCACCAAGGUGGUGUGUGGCCGGCGACCGUGCCUGUUGCCAGGGACGCCAGGGCAAGAGCUUCACUCCUGUCCAGGAGCUCGUGAGUGCCUGGAGCACAACUUCCUGACGUGUCUCUCUCCCCCUUGCCACCAGUGGGGGUUUUGUACGAGCCCUGAAGCCGCCCCAAACCUCCAAACUAAAUGUGAGCCCAACUCAGUCUAUCUGGACAAGAGCUGUGCUCGCAUCACCCUUAUAUUCAACAGGGACAAACUACCCACAGGAACGACAGUGGAGAACGUCUGCUCAGAGCUGAGGUAUAUGCCUGCCACGCGGGGCCUGGCGAAAGAUUGCACGCUGUUGAUUCUUUGUGACCUCUCCUACAAAAACCAGGACGCAGUAGAGGUGGCCAUCUCGUUCCAGCCGGACGAGCAGCCUAACCACAGUCAGAUCCAGGAGGCAGCUAGUACCAUAGUCAGCAUGCUGUCCAAGCGGCACAACAGCACCGUCAUGCUUGCCGUCAUCGAGGUCAAAGUGGAGAUGCCGGUCAUGUCCCAGACAGUGGACUACCUGGUGCCUGUGUUGUGUGUCGUCUUGUGUGUACUCUGGGUCUUCUGCAUCAUCGUCUGCGUGUGGUGGACCCGUAAGCGUCGAAAAGAGCGUGAGAGGCGGGAGCGCGUGCCCACGGAGGAGAGCGUCAACAACCAGUGGGAACCGCUGAGGCCUGUGACGCGGCCGCAGCACAAGGACAACCGGGAUGCGCAGUACGAGCGCACCAAGCUCAUGGGCUCCCCGGAUCGGACCUGCACAAGCGGGGAGGACGAGGAGGAGAUGGAGGAGGAAGAGCCGGAGCUGGUUGAAGAGUGGUGUGGGACAGAGGGGGGCAAGCAUCACAUCCAAAAGUACUCUAAAUCUGCAGCGCAGACCAAGAACGGGCUGAUCUGCACCACGCGGAGCAGCGGCAACAGCGGCGACUGCAGUAGCCCUUCCCUCAAAGCACCCUACUGGACAGGCUUCAGCCCAAAGGACAACAACUGUAAAAAUGUCAAUAAUGCCACCACCGGCCAAGAGCACAAAGAACAUUGCGUAUGAGCUCCGUCGAGCAGGAUGUGGAGACCAAGGCCAUCUCAGAAACUGAGUUUUUCCUCGUGUGUUAUUUUUAUGUUUGACUUCUUCGAGAUGUUUUGAGGCUGAUAAAGUGGCAAAUUUCUUUCGUUCCUUUUUUUUAUGUACAGAGGAAGCAAAUUAUAUUUCUUUAUAAGGAGGCAGUGAGAAACCUUGCUUUGUUUUCGAAGAAAAAAAACUGCUGGAUUAGGAGCAGGACUAAGGAACUCGUGAGAGAAAACGUAUAAAGACACUUACGUUGUUGUUGUUUACAAAUGGCUGUGCUUUUGGUUUUGUUUCGAGUGGCCCAAUUUCGGUGCAGACCACAUGCGGGGGGUGGGGGACACUGGCUUCGGGGGAUCCCCUCCAACCGUUCAUCUGUUCUCCUUCCACGCCUGCCUUACCGAGCUCGUCGUCCGUGAGGAGGGCUACGGUGCCUAUAAAGUGGCCUUGUUUUUUUUUCUGUUCUUUCUGUCAUCUUGGCUGAACACUCUUUAAAAAAAUGGAUUGCAGUAUUUUAAGUCGGUCGCAAGUGCCUUCAGACAAGCCCCUCGGUUUCAGGGUCUCCUGACCUGAUAGAUCACGACAAAGAGGAGAGGCUGGUCUUAAGAGCAGCUCCCAUAUCACCAUCAAGGUAUUUGUUUAAACAAAGACAAGAGAUCUGUAAAUAUUUGUAUAUAAUAAAGGAGUCGCUGUGUAUAUUUGAAUUUAGUAACUUAAGUCACUUUUUUUAUUAUUAUUAUUGUUGUUGUUAUUAUUAUUAUUAUUAUUAUGAUUUAAAUAUUAUGAUUAUUAUUGUUUAUUGUAUUUUUUUUUCUUUUCUUUUUUUUUAAAUACCAUUCCUUUUAUUUAUGCCAGCUGAUAUGGCAGGUUUUGUAAGAUGUAUACAGCGUCCCAGUCAGAACAAAAAUAUAAUCAGAGAUCAUCCUAUUAUGUUGUUGGUUUUUGUUUUCACUAGACACCUAUACAAUCGUGUGCUGUAUUGUGGCGUGUGUGUUCGCUUUCUUGAAGACCCCUAUUCCCUUUUCACACCUGUCCUUUCUUGCUGAUCAUAAAACCAUGCUCCGUGUUUCUUGUAAAAAUGCUGAUAUGUCAAAAUUAUGAUGUCCAGCUGUUUUCUCCUCCUUUUCUGUUUUUGUUUGUUUGUUUGGUUGGUUGGAUCUAAAUUUGAUGAAGGGAACAAUUAUGUUUUAAAGCAUUUGUACUUGAGGUACCAACUCAAAGAAAUGGAUUAGCUCAGAAACGGCUGACUAUGAUUUGAUUUCUUUCAUCAUGGUGUUAAAUAUAUAUAUAUAUAUUUUUUUUUUUUUUGCUUAUGGGAAGAUGACAAACGUUUAAAACUGUUCCUGAACAAUUGGUUCACAAUCAAGUGCAAACAAACUAGUAUAAAUAAGCAAGUUAUCUCAAUGUCCAUUAUGGAAGGGAAAUGGGGUGGAGCUGGAGGACAGUUUUCUUGUUUUGUUUGGUUUUUUUUUUAAGAUGUCUUUUUUUUUUUUUUACAGAAGAAUUGCUCUGAAAAAAAGUUAUUUGGUUCAUUUAGUGGAAUUUAUGUUUGUUCUUAGAAAUAAAUCAUACUAUUUAUUAAAGCAUUUUAUAACAAUGUGCUCUAAAGAACCACUGUCUGCUGGUGUUCAGAGUUUGUGGUAAGUCUUUUCAUCAUAUCGUAUUACCAAUACAACAGAAUAAUCCCCCUUCCCCUGCCAGAGGUGAGGACGACUCCGGAUCGAUACAGGAACUCGUGCUUCCAGUCGAGAUGCUACUGACAGGAAGCAGCCAAUGGUAACUGGUCUCCUGUUCUCGGCUGACUGCUGGCUGGCCAAUGGAUGAUGGGUUUCUCGUGGCUUCAUCUGGUGUGAAUGUUUUAUGAGAAUGCUUAUGAUGAUGCAGUAAGUUUGUUAUGGUUUUGUUCCAUAAGUAACGGGCUCUAAUGGAACGGAGGCCUGGAGUCGUGUUUCACAUCGCUCACAAUACCAUAGUGUUGGGUUUAGGUGUCUCUGAUGGUGUAAGUGAACUUGGGUCAUGCAAGUAAAGUGGGGAAAAAUGACAUUAUGAGAGUAAGGCAAAUCCAGUGAAGAAGAGGAGAACUGCUGCUGGGAGCUGUAAUUAAUGGCGGUUUGAUAAAUGUUUUUAAUGGUAAAUGGCCUACAUGAAAUAAACUAUUAACCUAG